AUGGAAAAUAAUGAUCCAAAGGGAACAUGUGGAGAAAGGAAAAUUGGAGAUUUGGAGAAAAAAAUAGUGAUCUCAUAAAGUGAGAGAUAAUCACAGAGAACGGCAGGAAUAAAAAAAGGAAUCUUUUCAGCAAAAAUAAACAGUGUCGCUUGGGCGCCAGCAAUUUCAUGGAAUCACACAGAGACCACAAGGCACCAUGGAAUAUUUCAGGGAAAUUAACACGGUUUCUUCAUUAUGAAGGAAUAAAUUAGGUUUGGGAUGUUCUCUCAACAUCACACUUUUGGGUGUUGAUUUUCCUUGCAAAGAGCAAUAUUUUACUGCCUAGAUGAAAGACAUGAUACAGUAUUAUUCUUUUUGUAAUCCGUUGGAAUCGUAAAGGGAUUGUCUUACUUGUGUUUACUGCCCCCUUGUGGUAGUGGAUGAGCAUUGCCGAGGUAUUACUAUUCAUUCACCCUAUAUUCUACAAAAAUUAGCCUGCGUUCAAUUAAAGGGCUUUCCGAGCCUAUUGUUUGUUUACUUACCGAUUUAGCUCCACCAGUGUAGCCAUUGGUGUGGCUAACUUUUCACAACAACAAAAUGUAAAUUUAUAUACUCACUAUUUGGUGUUUGAAAUGGCUACCGAAGAAGCUGAGCAGUGUUUAAAAGUUCGGUGCUUUUCUCCCAACAAGGUUUUUGUGUGUGCUGAUUGGUUUAUUCGAUGAUUUGGGUGGAGCUACUGCUGUGUCUGCCUGGUGAUACCUGUGAGUUGGAGAGCAACAAUCGUGGUGCGACACUCACUCCACCUGUACGUUACUUCACAGGUUGCUCAGGUUUUGUUUCUUCCGAUUUUUAAUACGUACAUUUGUUCCAUAAAAUUAAUAUUGUUUUGCUGCAUUUUUUCGUAUAAAAGUAGAGCAACAUGAAGAGUCUGAAGGCAAAGUUUAAAAAGAAUGAGAGUCAGGACUGGAGCAAGAGUGACGAGAGGCUCCUCCAGGCUGCGGAGCAAAACGAAGCAGACAAAGUGUCCGCCCUCAUCCUUAAAAAGGGUCUCUGCCCCACCAAGUUGGAUGCUGAGGGCAAGUCGGCCUUCCAUCAAUGUGUGUCUCGUGGGCAUGUCGACUGUCUGGAGGUCAUCAUCGCUCACGGAACAGACCUCAAUGUCACAGAUGGUGCCGGCUUUGGCGCCCUUCACCUCGCAGCCAAAAACGGACAGACCGAAUGCUUAAAGAGACUUUUGCAGGAAAGACUGGAAGUGGAUUGCACAGAUGCCAUUGGGAGGACACCCCUCCAUCAUGCAGCGGUCAGUGGCUGCAUAUCCUGCACUGAGAUCCUGUGGGACUUCAAAGCCGAUCUUGAUGUGCAGGAUGGGGAUGGAGCCACCGCCCUCAUUCUGGCAGCGCAGAUGACUCAAGCGGAGCUGUGUGUCUUUCUGCUGGGCCGAGGUGCCAAUGCAAACAUUCAGGACAACCAGGGGAGGACUGCCUUGAUGCUGGCCUGUGAGAGCGACAGUGCAGAAACUGUGGCCGUUCUACUGAGGGGAGGGGCCAACACGCAGCUGUUCGACGGCCUCGGAAACAAGGCGGACGAUUACAGCCCUGACAGCCAGCACAUCGUGCACAUGUUGCAAAACGGAGCACCUCCUGAAGGCACAGGCGAGGAGACCCACCAGAACAACUCACGGGCCUCACUGGUUCAAGGGGGUAGUACCCCUCGUAAAAGGAAAGCCCCUCCCCCACCACGCUCUCCUCUCCAGGUACUCUCAGCCUGUGUUUUCCAACCUUUGAUUUAAAUCAUUUGUGUGUGUUUCACGCUUUGCAUCACGAUCAUUCAGGAUUUGCCGCCCAGCCCUCAUCCACGUGGUCUGGCUCCCACCGUUCAGUCACCCAAGCCCCCUGCUCAGUCGCCUUCUCCUCAGCCUCAACAAUCACAUCAGGUGGAAGACGAGGAGGUGUUUGAGGAGAUUCGCCGACUACGUCUUGAGCGAGGUCGUCUACUCCAAAAGAUAAAAGCCUUGGAGCAGCAACAACAAAGUGCCCUUUCUGCCUUGGAGGAGCUGUCCCAACUGAAACGACGCCUAAAGGAAGCAGAGGCCGAGAGGGACACGUUGAUCGAGGAGCUGAAGGGAGUCAAUAGCGUUGGGGCAAGCGACUCUGAGGAUAUGGAGGAAAUGUUUGACUUCCCAGAGAGGUUGCUCUGCAAGGGUUCCAGAGCCGCACCAGCUCGUGACGAGACCUCCACCGAUGCGGAAUCAGCCAGCCCGUCUCCCUCCCCUGCAGACCGCGCGAGUGCAGAAGCGUUACACCAAAAGAUAGAGGAGCUUACAUCACAGAACGCCGAGCUUAUUCUCAAAGUUCAGAUGCUGGAGAUGUUUGAGAAGGACGACACCGAUAUGCAAAGCCCCGGUGCGGACUUUGUCCCUGUAGCGCAGUACGAGACCAUUAGGAAGGAAUUUGAAGCCCUGCAGGAGCGCUUCUCUCAGGCUCAAACGUUUAGUGGGGAGUCCGGUGAGGUGGAGGAACGUGGUGAUGAGACAUCUCAGGCUGGAUCGUCAGAGAGCCCGGAGGCUCUGAAGGACAAGCUGCAUGGCCUGCAGGUCCAAUUGGCUUCCUCCAAGUCGGAGCUGGAGCAGCUAAAGGAGCAAAUGCGGCUUGGGGUGUUCUCGGUGGAAUGUGGCGAAGGGGAUAAAGCUGCUGCAGCAGCAGGUGCCAGUGAGGUUCCAGACCCCGAGGCCCAGCAGCUGAGGGCAAGAGUGGGCGAGUUGGAGGAGGAGCUCGUUCAGAGCCGCGCCAAAGCGAUCGCUCAGACCUCUGAGGACACUGACAGAAUCAAACAGCUGACGGAGCGAGUCGAGCAAUUCCAAGCCGCCCUCGUCCAGAAAAAGUCUGCAGGUGACGACCACUGGACAAAGUCAGGCGAGCAAACAGAAACUGUGAAACUUGGCGAAAAAGUGGCCGAACUGGAGGCGAGCACGGCACCGGGAGGGAGCACGUUGGAAGCCGCGGGAACGACCGGAGAUCAGGUUCGCCGUCUUCAGCAACGUGUCGUGGACCUCGAGGGAGAGCUGAGGAAAUGUGUGCCCCGUUCGGAUCUGGAGGAGGUGCAGGUCACGCUGGGCCUACAAUGUGAACAGCUGGCGAGGGAGAGAGCGGAGGUGGCGAGGAGGCUCAACGAUGCCCUCCUGCAGUUGGAGAGGAUAAGGCCUCCUACAAAUGGCGAGGACGAGGAUGAAGAGGAAGAGCACUCGGAGAGCUCGGAGCUCUCGGUCACAUCAGAACGUUCCAGACGAACGCUGGCCGCAGUCCGCGAAGAGCUGGAGGCGGCUCGUCAGGAAGCCGCCCAAGCUCUCGACUGCUUAUGCGCCGAGCGAGAGAGCCGCGCCCACGACGCCCUGCACCUGAAGGAUGUGAUGCCUCUGUCCAAGCACAAAGAAGCGCUGGCCGCCGUGUCCGAGCAGCUAGCCCGAACACUACAGGAGCUUGAGCGGGAAAAGACGCUGCGAUCAGAUUCUGAAGAGCGGACGGCCAGACUAGAGGCCCAACUCGAAACCAUACGUGAGGCUGUGCCAAAGGAGGAGCACGAGAAAGUCAAGGCAGAGCUCCAGCGCUCCCUGCAAGCCAGCGAGAGCAGCGCAGCGGCAGCUCAAGAAGCUCUGAGUGACAAGGAGGCAGAGCUGCGUCAACUCAAGUCUGAAAAGGCCGCCCAACAGGGUCUAAUCUCCAAGGAGGACCACGAGGCCCUGCGGCUGUCCAUGCAGGCCGAGAUCAACGCCGCCGCCGCCCGCCUCAACGACCUCACGCGCAAACACGAGAAGACCUGCACUGAGGUGUUCCAAGUGCAGCGGGAGGCUCUCUUUCACAAGAGCGAGCGACAGGUUGCGGAGACUCAGUUGGCCGCUGUGCAGCAGCAGCUUCAAGAACUGCAAGCCAAGUCCAGUCACAUCCAGGAACUCCAUGCUAACAUCCAGCAAUCGCAAGGCCUGGUCAAGGAGAAGGACCGCAAGAUAAUGGAGCUUUCAAAGGAGGUGUUCCGGCUAAAGGAGGCGCUUGGAUCUCUGUCGCCUCCUCUCGGAAUCAUGUCCACGCAUCCGGGGAACCCGGGACAGCGAAUGGCGCUCCAGAACAGGGUUGCUGUACUUAGCCAACAGCUCCAGGAUUGGGAAAGAAAGCACAAACAGGUCGUGGCUGUGUAUCGUUCUCAUUUACUGGCGGCUGUGCAGGGUCGUAUGGACGAAGAGGUCCAACGUCUUCUCCUGCAGAUCCUCAGAAUGAGCCAACAGGGUCAAUGAUGUCCACGUUGCCCAUCGUUGGAGCUCAUCGGGUCAAGCAUACAACUUUGCUACGGACAGAUGGCGAGCUAAAAUAUCGCACACCAUGUAAAGCACACCUCCUGGGGGCUGUAAGUAACCGAGGGGAUGACACUAGCAAUGCUGAGGCAUCAUGAAGGCUUAUUCUUUGUUCUUUCGACAAAUGAAUCACAUGCUCAAAAAGAAGUGUGUGUAUUCUGGGAAAAAUUCUUGUCCCAUAAUUGACCUCCCAAAACUAGCUCCACUUCACAUCAUAACAGGAUACAUCACAAAGUCGCAAGGACCCAUGCCUUACAUGUAACACUAAGUCGACCAUUUUGAUUUGAAGCAGCCAUUUUGGGUGAAUUGUGGGGUUCAUACUUUGACAAUACAAACACUUCAUUUGGUCCAAAAAAUAUUUUGUUCAUCAAUGCCAGUGAUAAAGUGACAGGCAGAACAAUGAGAUGCUCUUCUACGAAAAAGCGGAAGGUACAUUAUUGUACUUGCGUCUCCCCCAUUUUUUUCACAUUUAUGUCAAAAGUCUAACAGUUAUUUUCAAGAUUCACCAUGAAAAGGAGCGUUUGCAGCUUUAUUCGCCUUUGUGCUUCUUGCCGGAAAAGCGGCCAAUAUUUUACAAGCAAUAUGUGUUCCGCUUGAAGAAGGUUUGCUACUAUAGACAAGAAUCAUAUUUGCUUCAGCCCACAUCAAAGCUGUAAAACCGUAUCACGAUACAAGUGUGCUGUGCCUUUUGGUAAAAGCCAGUGUGUGAUUGUUAUUUUUAGAAGAUACAAUUUUGGGAUUGACCUCCCUUUUUUUUUACUCCGUAUUUUCCCUUUUUGGUCCAAAAUAAAUCCGUAAAAAGUCA